AUGGCGCCCGGGACGAGCCUCCCGCCGCCCGUGGACCCGGCCCUCAUCGCCACGCUCCUCACCUUCCUCUCCCUCCCGCCGGCCACGUCCAUCGCGGCGCUCGAGGCCAACGCCGCCUUCCACCGCAUCUACCUGAUACACUACGCCUCCCCGCCGCCCCCGGAGCUGCGGGACCUGCGGCGCUCCCCCGGCGGCGGCGGCACGAGCCUGGUGCUGCGCGUGUCGGGCCCCCAGGCGCCGCCGUACCUCAAGACGGCCAACGAGGUCCGCGUCGUGCGCCACGACUGCACGCCGCGCAACGUGCUCGGCCGCGAGUUCACCCUGCUGGAGCGCAUGCCGGGCCGCAGCGUCGACGGCGUCUACGCGCGCCUCCCCGAGCCCGCGAGGCGCAGGCUCGUCAGCCGCCUCAUCGACGUGCUGGUCGAGCUGCACGCCCACGCGUUCCCGCACGUCGGCGGGCUGCAGCUCGUGGGGGGCGACGUGGUGCCCGGCCCGCUGCUCGAGGAUACCUGCUGGUUCUUGCCGGACGUCGAGGCCGAGUUUGGCACCGACGUGCCGGUCGGGGCGCCUGGCGCGCUGGGCCCGUACGCGUCGCACGCCGACUUUGUCAAGGGCUUCGUGGGCGCGUUUGUGCAUGCGAUUUGCGUGCGGGAGCGGCUGGGCUGGGUGCGCGACCUGGUGCCACGGCUGGCGGCGCUGGCGGGGGCGCUGCCGCGGCUGAGGCUCCACACCAGGAUGGUGCUGGCGCACAAGGAUCUGCACUUUGGCAACGUCAUGGUCGACGAGGACGGGGAGCUGACGGCCGUCCUGGACUGGGAGUUUGCCGGCGUGGUGCCGGUCGUGCGGUGGGAUCCCGUGCGGGCCUUUCUCUGGAACGGCGUCUACUCGCAGGAGGGGCACGACGAAAAGUACCGCAUGAGGGCCGUGUUUGAGCGCGAGCUCGAGCGCCGCGGCGUCGACAAGUGGUGGGAGGCGACCAACCCCGACAUUGACGCCGUCUGGGACGUCGUGAGGUACGUGAGGGCCAUUGUCGAGCCGUGUCCCAGGGGCGACAAGAUGGACCUGUGUCGGGUUUGGAGGGCCAAGGCCGAGGAGGCGCUGGCCAAGCUGGGCGUUUGA